AUGGAAAGCAUGGGACAUCCAAAAGGACAGACUCUCACGCCCGAACAGAUCAAUGUCCUUAUCACCAUCGAACGGUUCGGCGCGGGCUGCUCUAUGGUGGCCAUUAUUUUUCUACUACUGAGCUUCGCCUUGUUCGAGAAGCUUCGAACCACUCCUAACCUCUUCCUCGUGUUCGCCUCGAUUGCAAAUGCAGGUGCCAGUGUCGCAUCUAUGAUCGGAUAUGAUGGUCUCCAAGCAGGCGAGAGCUCAAACUUGUGCCAAGCCCAGGCUUUCAUCUUCGAAUGGUUCAUGCAGUCUGACCCUUGGUGGUCUCUUGCCAUGGCAAUUAAUGUGUUUCUAGUCUUCUUCUGCAACGCCGAUCCACGAAUGUUUCGCAAGUAUGCCUGGCUUUACUGUAUAAUCUGUUUUGGCGGCCCAUUGAUCCCGGCGAUCGUUCUGAUCUCCAUCCGCAGCUCCCCAAGAGGCCUCAUGUUUGGGGAUGCUACUCUGUGGUGCUGGAUUGGAACCGACUGGAGUCUCGUUCGCCUCUACGCCUAUUACAUCCCGAUCUGGAUCUUUUCUUUCCUCUCAAUCAUGAUUUAUAUUGCGGUCGGAUACCAUGUAUUUCAUGCUCGAAAUAUGCUCCGGAAUCUGGUGAUAGAUGGAAUGAAGGUUGAAAGGAGUGACAGCAUCCCUUACUCUAGCAGCGAGCAUAGAGGCUCCUCCGAAGCGGUAAUCUCCCCCCUUGUUACCAGUGAGAGAGGCGACACUGACUCUUAUCCCCAGAAUCUCACAGGCCGCCAGGAAUUCUACGGCACUGCUGUCACGGAAGUUCAGAUCACACGAGAGGAGCCAAGACAGGCUAUACAUCAUGGUCUUGCCCAACCUUCCACAGCCCACACAGGUUCCAACCCCCCACGUAUUCAAUCAUGGGUUUUGCCUGGCUCCUUCGAGCAACUAGAACGUACUACUUCAGGAAGUGGCCAACGAUUCGAGACGGUUUGCACGUCUGAUAGUACUCCGCAGUCAUCCUCGACUGUGAUCACCCGACUUCGUGCGAUCAGAUCCAACGCCUCCUUGAAACUAAAGCGACUUGAUCCGGUAAAGAUGGCAUAUCUACGUACCAGCUUCAUCUUUGGCUUCGCAGUAUUGAUCACAUGGAUUCCAAGCUCAAUCAACCGACUCUACAGCCUGACUCAUGGGGACAGAAUCAGUUUUAGUCUGAGUGUGGCUAGUGGUUGUGUCCUCCCACUACAAGGUUUCUGGAACACCCUGAUUUACUUUACCACCAGCUGGAAGGUGUUCCGUGAAGAAGUCCGAACAGCCAAAGCAGGGUUGUUCAAACGGUCCGAAGAGACAGAUGGGAUCCGCCUCAACAGUCGACUUGGAACUGUCAAGGGAGACUACCGCGAUACCUUUGAGCGAACCCGACAAGUUCGCGCCGGCUCCACUGAGGAGGCUGAGAAGUCAGUAACAAACUGA